AUGAGUUUAAAAGACAAUGAAUUCCUUAAUGAUCAUGCUGAUGUGAAACCUUAUUCUUGUUAUAAGAGUUUCUUAGAUAGAAGUCAUCUAACUGAGCACAAUCUUGUUCUUACUCGAGAGAAACCUUAUUCUUGCAGUGUAUGCAAUGAAAGUUUUUCAAUUUCAGAACAUUUAACUCAACAUAGUCACACUCAUAGUUUUGAAAAACCUUAUUCUUGUAGUCAAUAUCUAACUAUACACAAACGUAUUCAUACUGGGGAAAAACCUUAUUCUUGUAGUAUAUGUAAUAAAAGUUUUUGCAGAACGGAAAAUCUAACUAAACACAGUUUUACUCAUACUGGUGAAAAACCUUAUUGUUGCAAUGUAUGCAAUAAAGGUUUUUCAACGAUGGCACAUCUUACACAACACAGUCGCACUCAUGCUGGACGAAAACCUUAUUCUUGUAGUGUAUGCAAUAAAAGUUUUUCACAGAAGCAAUAUCUAACUAUACACAGUCGCACUCAUACCGGAAAGAAACCUUAUUCUUGUAAUGUAUGUAAGGAAAGUUUUUUAAUGAAGGCGCAUAUAAUUCAACACAGUCGCACUCAUACUGGGGAGAAACCUUAUUGUUGUAGUAUUUGUAAUAAAAGCUUUUCAUGGAAGCAACAGCUAACUAGACACAGUCGCACUCAUACUGUGAAUCUCAUACUGUUUGAAUGUGCUUAA